AUGGCAAGACCCGUUGAAGGGCCGGAUCCGCCAUCGGAAUCCGAAUUCUCAUAUAGACUGGCCCGCGUGGCGGUGGCCCAGACCUGCCAGUCGAUGGGCUUCACUGGAGCCCAGAACUCGGCCCUCUGUCUACUCACGGACGUCGCCACCAGGUACCUCCGGUCAGCCGCCAAGCUGGCGGCGGCCUCCGCCGAUCUGGGCGGCCGGACUCAGACGAAUCUGGCCGACAUUAUUGCCGCACUCGAGGAUUUGGCCUCCGUUCAAGGUUUCCGGGGCCUGUCGAGCGUCCGGUCAGUUUCCCUGUUCUCAUCGGCCGUUUUUAAGGAUUUGAUCAGGUUUGUAAAGUUUACCGAUGAAAUCCCAUUUGCCCGGCCCUUGCCGCCAAGGAGGAUUUUUUUCCCUGGCCGGAAAAGGAAAUUCGGAGGAUAUUAUUGUGAUGAGGGUAGAUGGAGGCACGUGCCGGCGUGGCUGCCGCCGGCGGAGGCGGCGGCUGGCCGGCCGGCGGUGGAGAAAACGAGAAAUGAAGCUAAAUGGGAGGAAAGUGUGGACACGAAUCGAGAUUCGAACAGUAGGGUACGUUUGUCUAAUUCGUCCAUAUUGAAGGGAGGAGGGAAAGUGAGAUUCAAAUUGGGUGUGGCGAUGAAGAACCCGAAUGUGUGUAAAAAAACUCGAGUUUUGAUAUGA